UAGGGGCAUCCAGUAAUGUACCUGAAAAUAUUCUUCAAAGCAGUCGAGCUCACCAACAACAAGGGGAAUCCAAGACGCUACCAGAAUCCAGAGAAGCCUGUGGAUAGGACAACUACGUACAUAUGUCGAGUGUGCCGGUCAGAAGGAACACCUGAGAAACCUCUUUAUCAUCCUUGUGUAUGUACUGGCAGUAUUAAGUUUAUCCAUCAAGAAUGCUUAGUUCAGUGGCUGAAACACAGUCGAAAAGAAUACUGUGAAUUAUGCAAGCACAGAUUUGCUUUUACACCAAUUUAUUCCCCAGAUAUGCCUUCUCGGCUUCCCAUCCAAGACAUAUUUGCUGGACUGGUUACAAGUAUUGGCACUGCAAUACGAUACUGGUUUCAUUAUACACUUGUGGCCUUUGCAUGGUUGGGAGUUGUUCCUCUUACAGCAUGCCGCAUCUACAAGUGCUUGUUUACUGGCUCCGUGAGCUCACUACUGACACUGCCGCUAGACAUGCUGUCCACGUGUUCUUGGAGUCAUCGUCUGUGUUUUGUUUGUUCAAACAGGGAAAACCUGUUGGCGGACUGUUUGCAGGGCUGUUUCGUGGUGACAUGCACACUGUGUGCGUUCAUCAGCCUGGUGUGGCUGCGAGAGCAGAUAGUCCACGGGGGAGCCCCGAUCUGGUUGGAGCAUGCUGCGCCGCCCUUCAACGCUGCAGGGCACCACCAGAAUGAGGCUCCAGCAGGAGGAAAUGGUGCAGAAAAUGCUGCUGCUGAGCAGCCUGCCAACCCACCAGCUGAGAAUGCAGUGGUGGGGGAAAUCCCGGAUGCACAGGAUGACCAGGCAGAGGAAGAAGAGGAAGACAACGAGGAGGAAGAUGAUGCGGGUGUGGAAGAUGCAGCAGAUGCCAAUAAUGGAGCUCAGGAUGACAUGAAUUGGAAUGCUUUGGAAUGGGACCGAGCUGCAGAAGAGCUUACAUGGGAACGAAUGCUAGGACUUGAUGGAUCACUAGUUUUUCUUGAACAUGUCUUCUGGGUGGUGUCUUUAAAUACACUGUUCAUUCUUGUUUUUGCAUUUUGCCCUUACCACAUUGGUCAUUUCUCCCUUGUUGGUUUGGGAUUUGAAGAACAUGUCCAAGCAUCUCAUUUUGAAGGCCUAAUCACAACCAUAGUUGGGUAUAUUCUUUUAGCAAUAACACUGAUAAUCUGUCAUGGCCUGGCAACUCUUGUUAAAUUUCAUAGAUCUCGUCGCUUACUGGGAGUCUGCUAUAUUGUUGUUAAGGUCUCUUUGCUAGUGGUGGUAGAAAUUGGAGUGUUCCCUCUCAUUUGUGGCUGGUGGUUGGAUAUUUGUUCCCUGGAAAUGUUUGAUGCUACUCUGAAGGAUCGAGAACUGAGCUUCCAGUCAGCCCCAGGCACUACCAUGUUCCUGCACUGGCUGGUGGGGAUGGUGUAUGUGUUCUACUUCGCCUCCUUCAUCCUCCUGCUCAGAGAGGUACUUCGACCUGGUGUCUUAUGGUUUCUAAGGAAUUUGAAUGAUCCAGAUUUUAACCCAGUUCAGGAAAUGAUCCACUUGCCCAUUUAUAGGCAUCUCCGAAGAUUCAUUUUGUCAGUGAUUGUCUUUGGCUCCAUCGUCCUCCUGAUGCUCUGGCUCCCGAUACGGAUAAUCAAGAGUCUGCUGCCGCAUUUCCUCCCCUACAACGUCAUGCUUUAUAGUGAUGCUCCAGUGAGUGAACUGUCCCUUGAGCUGCUUCUGCUUCAAGUCGUCUUGCCAGCGUUACUGGAGCAGGGACACACGAGGCAGUGGCUGAAGGGGCUUGUGCGAGCGUGGACCGUCACUGCUGGGUACUUGCUGGAUCUUCAUUCCUAUUUACUGGGAGACCAGGAAGAAAAUGAGAACAGUGCGAAUCAACAAGUGAACAAUAACCAGCAUGCUCGAAAUAACAACGCUAUUCCUGUGGUGGGCGAAGGCCUGCAUGCAGCCCACCAAGCCAUCCUCCAGCAGGGAGGUCCUGUUGGCUUCCAGCCUUACCGCCGGCCUUUAAACUUCCCACUCAGGAUUCUGGUGUUGAUUGUCCUCAUGUGUGUGACAUUGCUGAUUGCCAGCCUCAUCUGCCUUACCUUACCAGUAUUUGCUGGCCGUUGGCUAAUGUCGUUCUGGACGGGCACUGCCAAGAUCCACGAGCUCUACACGGCUGCUUGUGGUCUCUAUGUGUGCUGGCUCACCAUACGGGCUGUGACGGUGCUGGUGGCAUGGAUGCCCCAGGGUCGCAGAGUGAUCUUCCAGAAGGUGAAAGAGUGGGCUCUCAUGAUAAUGAAGACUUUGAUCGUGGCGGUGCUGCUGGCUGGGGUUGUCCCGCUCCUGCUGGGGCUCCUGUUUGAGCUGGUUAUUGUUGCUCCCCUGAGGGUCCCUUUGGAUCAGACUCCUCUUUUUUAUCCAUGGCAGGACUGGGCACUUGGAGUCCUGCAUGCCAAAAUUAUUGCAGCUAUAACAUUGAUGGGACCUCAGUGGUGGCUGAAAACCGUAAUUGAACAGGUUUAUGCAAAUGGCAUCCGGAACAUUGACCUUCACUAUAUCAUCCGUAAACUGGCAGCUCCAGUGAUCUCCGUGCUUCUGCUGUCCCUGUGUGUCCCUUAUGUCAUCGCUUCUGGUGUUGUUCCUCUACUAGGUGUAACUGCCGAAAUGCAAAACUUAGUCCACCGGCGGAUUUAUCCAUUUUUACUGAUGGUUGUGGUAUUGAUGGGAAUCCUCUCCUUCCAGGUCCGCCAGUUUAAGCGCCUUUAUGAACAUAUUAAAAAUGACAAGUACCUUGUGGGGCAGCGCCUGGUGAACUACGAGCGGAAGUCUGGCAAGCAGGGCACCUCCGCGCCGCCACCUCCUUCGUCCCAAGAGUAGAGUGGCUGUGUCGACUCCUUGGCCUUCCCCUUGCCAUUAUGUGUCCUCUUUGUGGACUUCUCGCUUUGGAGAGUUCCCGUGAUCGCUCAGCGUUGUUUUCAGUGGACUGCACUUGACUUGUAUCCUCAGCAUUCAGAGGGCAGCUCAUACAGCUCGCUGCUCCUCCCCGCAUCUGCUGACAUCACUGCUGUCUGAGAUCUGUAUAUGUGUACAUAGAAGUUCCUUAUGCCCUAAAACCUUGGAUUAAACAGAAUGUGCAUUGUACAUCUUUAAACAAAUGUAUAUUAAUUUAUUAAAUCUAGUUGUCACUUUAUUUUGGACCUGCUGUGAUCUCGACAGGAAUCGUGCCAGGGCAGUAGUGCACGGGCGAGAUGUCAGUGCCACCGUGUGGUGCGCAGUUCACAGUGUUCUGCCGCUCUCAUCCCAUUCCUGUCCGCUGUCUGUCUGGGCCGCUCCCGCCGUACAGGAAGGAGAGGAAGCAGGCGGACGUCAGCAGCCGAGCGUCUGGUAAGAACGUGAGCUGUGCGCAUCACUGUCGUGUGGAGGUUAUUUUGUAUAACACCAAAGCUGUUGUACAUUUUCUACUGCCUGAUUUUUUUCAUGUGUUUGUGUUUGUAAUAUUGUAUAGUUAUCUUGUGCUAGGUGAGGAAAUUAUUUUUAGUUUUAUAAUUUAAUAUUCCUAGUGAUCAGCGUUGAGAGUCAGGUGUUUGUGCUUGUUCAGGACAUGUCUGUUCUUAGGGUAAGAGGCAAAAGAAAAAGGUAUAAAUGAAGAUUUUCCUUAGUUCUCCAUACACCCUUUCCACACAGCUUUCUUUUUGCCAGUUUUCUUUUCUUUUUCUCAAGAUAUAAAAGUAACAUCACCAACAGCGCUGCGUCUUACUGGAUGUCGGAGUUUCUGAGCCGCUUGUCAAGUGGACAUGGCGUGGGCUUGGAUCAGCAGCCUUAGGGGAGACUGGUUAGAAUGCCCCGUCCUGCUAGUCAGUGCGUCCCUGGGAGAGCAUGAGUGAACACAUUUUCCUGCGUUUUCAUCUCCGUUUCCAAAGCUGUUUGUUUACAGAAUAAAACUGCAAAGGAAGCUAGCUAAGCUGGCCUUUCAACAUAGGAAUGUAUUUCAUUGCAAACGUGCUAUAAAAAAACUCAGAGAAACAAACCCGAUUUUCCCUUAUAACCAAAGUGUCACAUUCAAAUUUCGGAGUAGAAUGGUUGGUUACCUGAUCUACGUAUUCAAUGCUAGUGAUACAUGUGAGAGUAGUGUUUGCUUUUGAGUGACAGUUCGGACAUUCUCAUAGAAGUGAACAGUGUAGGUCUUUAGGAACUAUAAAAGGAUUUCCAUAUAGUAUUAAAACCCAUAGACUAAAAUGUGACAACUUUUUUAAAACAUGAAAGUCAGCGAAACAUAAGCUACCAAAAUCAGGAGCAACAUGUUAUGAUGGUUUUCUUUUUUUUUUCUUCUAAGUAAUAAGGAAAUACUUUUAAAUUAAUUUAAAAAUAUCAGUAUCAAAAAAUGCUUGACAUAGAAUCAGUGUUAACACUCUGUAGCACUUCGUAGUAGCCCAUUCUCUUGUUUUGCUAGACCUACACUCACAAUUAAGAGUCCUACUGUAAAAACUUUGGAGUAUUUGAAAGUCAGGCCACCUGUCAUAGUGUAUGGCUACGUAAGUUCUUUUCGUGAGAAAAAUAAUGAAUUGGGCAUAUAAGUUGAUCAUAUUACUUUAGCUUUCUUUCUAAUGUUCAGAGAAUUUGUAGAUCUUGAUUUAAAGUCAUUAGAACCCAUUGGUUUAACAGAUCUAGGCAGAUAUCACGAAAGGUUAAAGAUUGUUAAUCCUAUGAAAUUUUAAAUGAAUCUUAAGUUUUGUUUUUAAAAAUGUGUAUAUGUGUGUGUGGCCAAAAAUUGCCCUUGUUUUCACUGGCAGAUGACUUUAUUGUCUUUCUGAGGACGCCCUCCUUCUGCUGUGCUUUGUCCUGUUGUUUUCAGUGAGAGAAACCCUUUCUAAAGAAAGGAAUACUGGCAUAUUUGCUUGGGUCGCAUGGGUUUUUGUUAUUAGCCAAUAGUUAUAAAUAUUUUAAACCCAUAGUUCAUAAAGUAUUAGUUUUGCUGCCCUUCUUCACAUAGAUUUUUUUAAAAAAAAAUUAGAGUGCGGUUUUUCAUUUUACAUUGAGCUAUAAGUCUUCAAGGAAGAGGACCUUGUUGUUUUAGCUUUACUGUUUAUGAAUUGAACACUUGAGGUUAGUCUUACAUGGCUGUUUAUCAGAUGGUCAUUAUUAGCAAAUUACAUUUGGUCUUAAGCAAUAAAGUACUGAUAGUUGACAUGAAAAACUGCAGGAAAAUGCCAGUGUGAAGCUUGUGUAUAGCUAGCCUUUAUUUAUUUUGGGGGGAUGCUGGGGAUUGAGCUCAGGUCCUUGCGCUUGCGAGGCAGGUGGUGAACUACUGAGCUAAAUCCCCAGCCCUAGCUGGCCUUUUUAAAAGCUCAGUGUUUUCAUUUGUGCCCCGCCCUGCCCACACACCCUGUUCCUGGAGAAACAAAGAAGAUGGGACAUCUUAAUUCCAGAUCUAAACAAGUAAUUUUUAUUUUGACCUUGAAUACAACUGUUGUUACUGUGGAAGCUUGUCUUGUGUUUUUCCUUUCCCUCAUACAAAUGAUAGAGAAUAACUUUUCCUCAAAUGAUUUGAUCCUAGAUGUGUGUCAUUCUGUGUUAGAAAGAUGCUAUUAAAGUAUAAUUCUUGAACUUAAUGACUUUUAAAAACAAAACAAAAGAAACACUGGACGUUUCUACACUGUAUUGUUUUUGCAAACACACAUAGGAGACUGGUGCCAAAGGAACCCUGGCACUUUUUAAAUCUUUGCAAGUUAGUCACAUUUUUAUUUUCAGAAUUGAAAGUAUUAAGCUGUUUACUUACAUUGUUUUUACACUGUGACAUUCAGUGAUGAUGUUUAAAAUCCCCCUUUAGAAUGUUACUUAGGCGUUGUCAAGAGAAGACAGAACUGACGUGUUUUAUUCCGAAGUGUGUGUGAGCCUCAGCAUGGCGAUCUCGCGGUCCAGCCAUCUCGGAUCUGCUGCCCACUUCGCCCUGCCAGUCAGAUGUUUGCUUUCCAGCUCACUGCUUUUGUGUGUCAGUUUUUAAACAACCAUCAU